UGGUUGUCAAAAUUCGAAGCGAUUUUUUUUCGUGAGCUGUAGUUGAAAAUUUGAUAAAAAAUUUCCGCGCUUCUUCCGUCGCAGUGCAUCCGUCGAUUUCUCCGAGUGCAGAUUCCAGGGUUAUACGAAGCGUGUGUCAAGAAAAGUGCGUGAAACUCGAUAGAGCCCUAGACUACGUCCAAUCCCAAGAAAAAGUGGCGGAAAUAUUUUCAUGUAGGCCAAACAAAUGAUAAGAUAAUAGAGAGCAGAAGAGCAGACGAGCAGACGAACAGGAAGGCACGUUGAGAGGCAAGGUGACGCAAGAGACGAGGUGGAAUCAGCGCUUCCAAGGAAACAACAACUACAACUGUGAUCCCCCAUACACCCCGCACCCGGCACAUGCGGCAAUGGAAUUAAGUGCGACCAGGACAAUACCGAGUGAAAAUACCAGACCAAAGCGUCGGCCCACUGGCCACUGAGAGGAAGGAGACAAUGCGUAACGGGCGAUGUUACGCCCAACGGCAGAAACAGGAGCAGGCGGUGCAGGAGCAGGAGCAAACGAACCUGACUGAUGGCCCAGAGCCGGAUGCAGAGUCCGAGCCAGAUCAGGAGCAGGAGUCGGAGACGGAGACGGCCCAGCAAGUCAGUUUGGUGCCCCUGGCAAGCGGGCGACUGAUCGGCACGCAUAUCAGGCCCGAAACCGAGCCAGAAUCGGGCGAGCAAACGGACACACAGAGCACGGACAGCAACAGCUCCACGCCCACAACGGCCGACGUCGCAGACGAGGGAGAUGUGGAGACUGUCAGCUCCCUGCCGAUGUCGCCGCCCAUCUGCGGACGGGGCAUCGUCGGCGGGCAGCUGGUCAAGCGACAUUCACCGCUCAAGAGGCUGCAUGCGGACAACCGUUCGGCCUCUAUAGCCACCAACACGAGCACCAGCACGACGCCGAGCAGCGUGAGCAAUCAGCCGGACCUGGACAAUGUGCCCACGCAGUCGUCGCGCUAUGCGGCUCAUCCCAGUAACUUUGUCGAGACCGCAAUCACCACAUCGUCGCUAGCCAGCUCCUCCAGGCCGGGCGGCGGCGGUGGUGGUGGUGCGGCGGGCAGCACGCAUCGACGCACCCACUCGGCCGCCUCCUACAUCUCGAUGCGUUCGCUGGCUCCAGGCGCAGAUCCGCCAUCGGAGCGACGCAAGCGGAAUCGAUGCUGUCGAUGGCUACGCUACGCGUGCAACGUAUGCUGCUGCAAGAGUUCCGGAAUAGGCGAGCCGAGUGUUCAUCAUGCGCUGGUUGUGAUAUUUCUAGAGUUCUUUGCAUGGGGACUCCUAACGAUGCCCAUAAUAUCGAAACUGAACAAGACAUUCCCGGAUCAUACGUUCCUCAUGAAUGGCCUGGUCAUGGGCAUCAAGGGUAUCCUGUCGUUCCUGGCAGCGCCGCUGAUCGGCGCUCUUUCCGAUAUUUGGGGUCGAAAGUUUUUCCUAUUAGUGACAGUAUUCUUCACCUGCCUACCAAUACCGCUGAUGUCCAUCAACACCUGGUGGUUCUUUGCCAUGAUCUCAAUAAGUGGCGCCUUUGCCGUCACCUUUUCGGUGGUGUUUGCCUACGUGGCCGAUGUGACCACGCCGGAGGAACGCUCCAGGGCCUAUGGCCUUGCCUCGGCCACCUUUGCUGCUAGUCUGGUCAUCUCGCCGGCAUUGGGCAAUGCCCUAAUGGACAUGUAUGGCGACACGCUGGUGGUGGCUCUAUCCACGGCCAUAGCGCUGCUGGAUGUGUUCUUCAUACUGGUCGCUGUGCCGGAGAGCCUCUCGGAGAAGGUGCGACCCUCCUCCUGGGGUGCACCUAUCAGCUGGGAGCAGGCGGAUCCAUUUCAGGCCUUGCGAAAGGUCGGCACAGACAAGACCGUCCUCAUGCUGUGCCUCACUGUGCUGCUUUCCUAUCUGCCCGAGGCUGGGGAGUACUCCUGCAUGUUUGUCUAUCUGAAACUAAAGAUGGGCUUCGACUAUGUGGAGGUAUCCGUAUUCAUAGCCGUUGUUGGCAUCCUCAGCAUCACAGUACAAGUGACUCUGGGCUCCUUCAUGAAAGUGUUUGGUGCCAAGCGCACGAUCAUUGUGGGUCUGGCCCUAGAAAUUGUGCAGCUGCUGUGGUACGGCUUUGGCAGUCAGAAAUGGAUGAUGUGGUCGGCAGGCGUUGUGGCUGCCUUGGGCUCCAUCACUUAUCCUGCCAUCAGUGCGUUCGUAUCGCUAUAUGCGGCACCCGAGAGUCAGGGUGCUGUUCAGGGAAUGAUCACGGGCAUGAGGGGCCUGUGCAAUGGCCUGGGACCGGCCGUGUUUGGCGUUAUCUUCUAUCUAUUCAAUGUGGAUCUCAACGAUGACCAUGAAAAUCCCGCUCGGACCAGAGGCAGCAGCAGCGAGACGAAUGUGGAGAAGAUAUCGCAUCAUGUGCCAGGACCGCCAUUUUUAUUUGGUGCCCUGUGCGUCGUCUGUGCUAUAGUCGUGGCAGCAUUCAUACCCGAGGGCCAGAAUGCCGCAUUGGAGAAGAAACGUGCCUCGCUCGAUGUGCAGUACGAGAUUGAAACUGGCCACAAGGCACCCAGCUCCCUGGCGCCGCUUAUACGCUCCGAUUCACUGGCGCAGCUGUAGUCGUCCUACCCACAACCCACACAACAACAAACACAACACACAGAACAACCGCAACAACCGCAGCUGGUGUCUAAAAAUACGUAUAAGCAGAGUAUUUAAGUAUUAACUUUAAUCAAUUUUGUAAUUGUAACGAAUGCUGUAACUAGUUUGGCUUUAGUUAGUCCCCCCAACCCCACACACACCAUGGCUAAGUUAUCAGAGAGAGAGAGUAAGUCUCUGCGUCGAUGCCCAAUGAUCAUGCUGCUAUUGCCUUGCCGCCUGAGACUUACCAUUCAAGUCUUCUUCCGUUAGUUUCCAUCUUAGCCGGGUACUUUAUAUUGCAUAAGGAAGAGUUAUCAACCGCCCACCACCCCGCUAUCAGAAUUCAGUUCAGUUUGUCGUUUGUUUUGUGGCUCAAUGCUGGGAGUUGAUUCCCUGUCAGCUGGGAACUACACCACCACAACACACACAUCACACAGCAGAUGAGUGUUGGAGCAACAACAAAAACUGCCAAAUAAAUAAAACAAAGUAAUUGUAAAUUCGUACAAGAAAUACCUUCUGCUAGAUGCAACAAUUCAGCACAAUAAUUCAGCAAAAAGUACAGCCACAGCCCCUAGUACCAUUUUUAGUUACAAACAAAACGAAACAAAACAAAACAAAACAAAACAAUUACGAAGAGGAAACAUCCAAAUAAACUGAAUACUAAGCUUUACUUUGCAAAUUGUAGUGAUCUAAACUGUAAACUAAAAAGAUAAAACCGAAACUAAUCCGAGUUUCAGCAGAGUCAGUCGCAAAUGGGAUAAUAUUGUAACCAGUAUACAUACACAUAUAGCAACUGAUUACCGGGGGUAACUUGAUUGACACAAAAAAAAAAAAUAAAACAAAUAACGAUAUAAAUGAAUGUAUAGAUGUGAAGGGUACUGGACACAAAUCAUAAUGUUAGCGAGCGUGCCUCUAAUCGUGCGUACAGCAAACCACAGGUGUAGUUUUUUAUUUAUUUUGAUAAAGCCAGUACGAAAAAACAAAACAAAAAUGUUUCAAUGAUGCUUGAGGUCUACGGAUAGUCAGUCCCCCCCAACAAAAAAAACCCAACCUAAACCAAUCCAAUCCCCUGUGUGGAAUGUGCGUGUGUAUGUACAGUACUUUAGAAAAUCAAAGUUAUAUAUUUUUCAAAGUGUGCUGCAAAACAGUGUAAGGAGCUCCGCUCCUCCCCCGACCUAAAGAUCCAAUGCUGAAUGCUGCUCUGAAUAAUGAAUAAGUACGGGGCAGGACAACAGACAGACGGACAGACAGAUGGACGGAAGGACAGUUUGUACGAGUAUCUAGGAGAACGAUAUCCACAUUUUAAUUUGUAAAUUAUUUAAAAUGUAAUUUAGUGUUUUAAACGAAAACCAAAAUAAACGAAAACUGUUUGAUGAAGCGCUUAUACCA